AUGGGCGAGGCUCAAUAUACCAGGCCCUUCGAGCUGAAGGACGAUAGCCUCCUCCAGAAAGAUUGCUACAUACAUGGAAAAUGGGUCCCAGCAAGGCGUAGCGGGCGGUUUCCUGUGAUCGAUCCUGGCUCCGGCAAGACGUGGGCAGAAUGCGCCGACGGUACCAGCGACGAUGUCGAACCAGCUGUACACUCGUCGGCCAUCGCAUUUGAGGCAUACUCGAAGUUCACCCCCAGGAAGCGGGCGCAAUUACUGCUCAAAUGGCACCAGUUGAUUGAUGCAGCAAGAGAUGAUCUGGCAAAGAUUCUGGUCCAUGAAACUGGUAAGCCUCUUGCCGAGGCACAGGGCGAAAUAGACUACGCGCUCAGUUUCGUGUGGUGGUUCAUGGGAGAGGCGGACCGGAUCAAUGGCACUGUGACGACGUCAGCCAUCCCGGGCAGACGUUCACUGGUUAUCAAGCAACCGAUUGGAGUCGUAGCCGGGCUUGUCCCCUGGAACUUCCCAAUUGCUCUAAUGUUGAGGAAGGCGAGCGCCGCCCUCGCCGCAGGAUGCACAAUGGUCGUCAAACCGUCCCCCGAAACACCCUUUACAGCCACUGCUCUCGCACAUCUCGCAACGCAGGCUGGAUUCCCCCCUGGUGUUCUGAACGUGAUACCGACCAGCCUUGAGAAUACCCCCAUCCUGGCCGAAGCACUCUGUCUGCAUCCCGUUGUCAAGAAGGUUACUUUCACUGGUAGUACGCGCGUAGGGAAAAUCAUCUCUGGUCUCUGUGCCAGGAAUCUGAAGAAGGCAACGUUCGAGCUGGGGGGAAACUGCCCGUUCAUCGUGUUCGACGACGCGAAUAUGGACCACGCCAUCGAUCAGCUGAUGGCCCUCAAAUGGAGACACGCUGGGCAAGCCUGUAUCACAGCGAACAGGGUGUACGUACAAGAUGGCAUACACGACGCCUUUGUUCAGAAGCUCGUAGAGAAAGUGUCCACUAUCAAGGUGGGCCACGGCAUGGCUGAUGGGACAACGAUGGGUCCAGUCACGACUUCGCGCGGACUCGACAACGCGGAAGAGCUCGUGAAGGAUGCUGUCAGCGCUGGUGCGAAGCUUGCCCUCGGGCAAGGCCAGAAGCACAAAGUUGAUGGAUACCCGGAUGGAUACUACAUGUCCCCUACGAUCUUAACUAACAUGGCAGACGAUAUGUUCAUGAGCUGUGAGGAAAACUUCGCCCCCAUUCUCGGCAUUUACGUAUUCGAGAAUGAACGUGAAGUCGUCCAGCGAGCCAAUGACACGAGUAUGGGCUUGUCAAGCUAUGUCUUCACGAAGGAUGUGGAUAGGCUCUGGCGGCUCUUCGAGAAGCUGGAGGCUGGCAUGAUUGGUUUGAAUACAGGAAAUUGCUCUGCGGCCGAAACUCCCUUUGGUGGAAUCAAGGACAGUGGAAUGGGAAAAGAAAGUGGCAAGGACGUUGCUAUCAACGAGUUCAUGAUCACGAAAGCAGGAACCUUAACCGUGGAGGAUCAUUUUUAG